UGCCUGCUCCGAGGAGCACGGGUUCAUUUUGCAUUUGUCAGCUGAAACAGGAUGAAAGCCAGUUUUUGCUUCGGUUUGCCCACAUGUUCCUUCCUUCUGUUUCUUCUGUCAGGAGGCACAUGUUCAGAUGCAGAGCACAGGCUCUUCUCUGUGAUUUUCUCCAACUACAACCAGUACAUACGACCUGUGGAAAAUGUGUCUGACCCCGUCAUUGUCCAGUUUGAAGUGUCCAUGUCACAGCUGGUCAAAGUGGAUGAAGUUAAUCAGAUCAUGGAGACCAAUCUGUGGCUGAGACAUGUCUGGAAUGACUACAAACUGAGAUGGAAUCCAAAGGAUUUUGGAGGCGUUGAGUUUAUCCGAGUGCCAUCCAACAGAAUAUGGAAGCCAGACAUUGUGCUGUACAACAAUGCAGUUGGAGAUUUUCAGGUUGAUGACAAAACAAAGGCCCUGCUUCGUUAUAAUGGUGACGUUACCUGGAUCCCUCCGGCCAUAUUCAAGAGCUCCUGCAAGAUUGAUGUCACUUACUUCCCCUUCGACUACCAAAAUUGCACCAUGAAGUUCGGCUCCUGGACCUAUGACAAGGCAAAGAUUGAUCUGGUGCUGAUUGGCUCCACCAUCAACCUGAAGGACUUCUGGGAGAGUGGUGAGUGGACGAUCAUCGAUGCCCCUGGUUACAAACACGACAUUAAGUACAACUGCUGCGAGGAAAUCUACACAGAUAUCACUUACUCUUUGUACAUUCGGCGUCUCCCUCUUUUCUACACGAUCAAUAUGAUCAUCCCCUGCCUGCUCAUCUCCUUCCUCACCGUGCUUGUCUUCUACCUGCCGUCUGAUUGUGGUGAGAAGGUCACUCUGUGUAUCUCCGUCCUGCUCUCUUUAACUGUGUUCCUGCUGGUUAUAACUGAGACCAUCCCCUCCACUUCACUAGUCAUCCCCCUGAUUGGCGAGUACCUCCUCUUCACCAUGAUCUUUGUCACCCUCUCUAUUGUCAUCACUGUUUUCGUGUUGAACGUCCACUACCGCACACCAAAGACACACACCAUGCCCUGCUGGGUGCGGAGUGUGUUCCUUGGACUGUUGCCCCGGGUGAUGUUCAUGACCAGGCCAGAGAGGGACCCUGAGAAUGUGACAGUGGCUGGCAGCAUUCACAUGAUGCAUUCGAGACCCUGUGCCAUUCAUUCGUCAGGCACUUUGCAGAAGCAGCACAAAACUCAGGCGCUCGCCUCCAGUGUGGUAUCCAGCCUGACGAACCGCCAGCGGCUUUUCAACAACACAGAACUCUCCAACCUCAAUAACUUGAGCGUCGAAGCAGGCAAAGCUGCAGGUUCUGGGCUCUUGUGCUGUGAAGGCCGCUGCAACUGCUGCUGGCACCAGAGAGCCACCAAACUGCCGUCAGACUCUGGGGGAGGGAGCGGAGGACUGGGGUGCUUGGGGACUCUGACUGGAGGCAGUACUGUAGGGGUUGGAGGGGGAAGUCAGUGCUCCAGCUCUGAGUCUCUGGAUGGAGGAAUAAUAUCCCUGUUGCCGCUUUCCCCUGAGGUCAGGGAGGCUAUUGAAAGUGUCAAGUACAUAGCAGAAAACAUGAGACUACAGAAUGAAGCAAAGGAGGUUCAGGAUGACUGGAAGUACGUUGCCAUGGUGAUCGACAGGAUCUUCCUGUGGGUUUUUGUCCUUGUGUGUAUCCUGGGAACAGCUGGCCUCUUCCUCCAGCCUCUAUUACUCGGGGAGGACAUUUGAUUCAGUUUGACAAAAUAUAAUACUCCAGACUGUUGAAGUGCACAGCAUUCAUUACAUAUAAGAUGUUUGCCAUGUGAUACAUGGCGGGAAAUACAGAGUGGGUCCCAAGCCAAGAGGAAAAGAUUGUUGUGUCUGUCAAAAGCUGAUGCAGAAAGUUCAGUGUCUGUUUUGCAGAAACUGCUUAAGGACUUUCAAUUGCUGGGGACCUGGAAACAAACAAUGGUAACCAUGGUGACCAUCAAAUUAUUUCAUUAUGUGAAAAUAAAAAUUGCAGUAAAUGGUGAAGCGAUAUGUAUUGCAGCACUCCUUUGAUGAAACAUGUUGCUGGUGAACUGAGCAAAGACACCAGCAUACUGUUGAUGUAAAUUAUAUCUGCAAAGUCAAGUAUCUGUGUUUCCAUAACAAGGACAUUUUCUUUAGAAAUUGUGUGAAAUCCAUAUUGAGUGCCAUACCCAAAAUAGAAAUGUGUUUAUGGAGAUGUCAAAUUGUUUAACAUUUAACAUGGAUGUUGACUGUUCUCAAACAGUGACAUCAUGUGGUAAGUCUUUGCAACUACAAGUGAUUAAAA